AAGGCUGAAGGCUGAAGGCUGAAGGCUGAAGGCUGAUUGGCCGGCUGCGAGCAGCUAUCCUCACUCCUCACUCCUCAUCCCUCACUCCUCACUCCCUCACUCCCCACUCCCCUCCCUGCGAAGGGCCGUUUCGACCGUUUCGAUGAACCGGUGUGUGAUACCUGUCGGCCUGGGAAGACGGGAGCUCGCAGUCCGCAGUGUGCAGUCCAGCCUUGAUCAACAUUACGGACAGAGACGGAGGCGGAUAGAUACGUGACUGCCUCUUCGUCGUCGAAGUCGCGUACCACUCUGGAGUCUGCAACGGUAUUGCAUCUAGGAGUACACACACCACCGUGCCCCUCGCAUACAUGCAUACAUGCGUUCGGCGAAUGGCUGCAAGGGAAGUACUGCCGAUGGGGCACCAGUCUAGAAUUUUUCUUUCUUCAAAAUGUGCUCGCGAAUCGGAACCGUGGAUUCACCCGCUGUUGACUUCCGCAGACCUCGAAGACGCCUCCUAUGAUCGGACCGCCGUGGUGCGUAACAAAGGCCCGAAUCAGCGCAGCAGUCUUCCGUCAACACCGGUCGCCAUUGAAGCUUGCGCUCCCGAAAACCCGGAGAUAAAUCGAGCCUAUAGCCCUGUGUACACACAUCAUACACGGACGCAUGUAGGUAUGUACCCGUUGAACGUUGAACGUUCGAUCGCAGGGUCCGUGUCUGCAUCCAUCAAUGUGUAUCGACAACUAUUACCGAAGGCUUACGUACAAGUCAGCUGCAAGACCGGUAAACAGCUUGAGACAGUCAGCAAACCGUUGCACUGCACUUUUCUCCUCUCUCUUCUCAAACUGCGUCCGCUACACCAUGCCAAGGGGCCGCCUGAGUAUAGUAAGUGUGCUGCUGCGUUGUGGGCAGCUACUCAGCUAAAGCACUCGAACUACUCGAGUAGUAAUGGAAAACGACAGGAAAGGAAACAGCAGGAAUUACGUGUGGUCGCCAUAGGUAGUCUGGCAAGGCUGGACGAGAGAAUAUGUCGAAGUUCUAUCUCUCUCCGAGUGGUCACAUAUUCGAGCUUGUUUUGCUUGCUACUUUGUACCGACCAGGCCGAUAAAAGAAGCGAACGAGUUUGCUUAUUGCAUCGUGUUCUCCGGCAAGGUAUACCUGGUAGGUACUAUAUAUAUCUGCCCCGUCUCGAGAUUCAAGAUUAUUAGAGUAGGU